AUGGUUCUUCACAACCCAAACAAUUGGCACUGGGUAAACAAAGAUGCUUCAACAUGGGCAAAACAAUGGUUGGAGGAUAACAUAAAGGAGGUUAAAGCAGAGGAGGAUGGUGUUACUGCUCAAUUGGAUAAAUUGAUUAGUAUGGAUGGAGAUGUUGAUGUCAAUCAACGAAAGGGAAAGGUCAUUACCAUAUUUGAUGUCAAGCUCGUUAUUGAGUAUUCAGGCAAAACCAAAGAUGAUGAAUCCGUUAGUGGUACCAUCACAGUUCCUGAAGUUGCUCAUGAUACAGAAGAGAAUGAGUAUGUUUUUGACAUAGAUAUUUAUUCUGAUGCCAAUUCCAAAGCCCCAGUCAAGGAUCUUCUUCGUGCAAAGGUUAUUCCACAACUCCGAAAACGGUUCGCACAAUUAGGUCCUGCUCUUAUCACGGAACAUGGAAAAGAUAUUCAACAUGCACCAGAUGCAAAUCCAGCUGCCAAAAUCACAGCCGCAAAGACUUAUCCUCAUUAUGCUCCAGGUCAAUCUACAAGCACAUCUUCCAACAAAGGUUCUUCUUUAGUCAACACAACUACUGUUACCGAUAAUGAAGAAUUCAGAGCUCCAGCUUCAGAACUUUAUCAAACAUUUACCGAUCCUUCUCGAAUUGCCGCAUUUACACGCGCCGCCCCAAAAUUAUUUGAAGGUGCAAAGAAGGGAGGAAAAUUCGAACUUUUUGGAGGAAAUGUUUCUGGUGAAUACCUUGAACUUGUUGAACCAACAAAAAUCGUACAAAGUUGGAGACUUGAUCAAUGGCCACAAGGACAUUUCUCUAGAUUAGAGAUUAACUUUGAUCAAAAUGAUGUUGAUAAUGUCACGGUUAUGAGAGUUUCUUGGUCUGGUGUUCCAGUUGGCCAAGAAGAAGUUACAAAGAGAAAUUGGAGUGAAUAUUAUGUUAGAAGUAUCAAACAGACUUUUGGCUUCGGCACAAUUUUGUAG